GGAAGCGGCAGGCGGAGGCAGGAGGGCCAUGGCGGCCAUGGCACUGGGAACUGUCACGCGCGUUCUGCUCCCGCCCAGCAGGCUUUUGGGAGCUUGGCAGACUCAGAUUAGAGACGUCCACCCACGAGCUUCAUUGUUGUCCUUCUUGGAACUCAUUCCCAUGAGAGCAGAACCUCUUCGAAAGAAGAAGAAGGUAGAUCCUAAAAAAGACCAAGCAGCAAAGGACCGCUUGAAAAAGAGGAUCCGAAAACUGGAAAAGGCUAGCCAAGAGCUAAUUCCCAUUGAAGAUUUUAUUACCCCUGUGAAGUUCCUGGAUAAAACAAGGCAGCGGCCUCAGGUGGAGCUCUCCUUUGAAGAGAGAGAGCGGAGAGCUCUGCUUCUGAAGAGAUGGUCCCUGUACAAGCAGCGAGAGCAUGAGAUAGAAAGGGAUGCCAUCGGGGUCAUGCUGGACGCCCAGCAAGAAGCUCUCGAGGAGCUGCGACUUGAGUCCCCAGAACUCCACACUGAGGCCAUCAAGCGGGACCCCAGCCUGUUCCCCUUUGAGAGGGAAGGGCCAGACUACACACCACCAAUCUCUAAUUACCAGCCCCCUGAAGGCAGGUACAAUGACAUCACCAAGAUAUACACACAGGUACAGUUCAAGAGAUAAGAGUUGCAGGCAGCUGUCCUUGGAACAUGCUGCCCUGAGAGUUGGAAUGAACAGGGUUCAGGUCUGCUUUCCACAGAAAAUAAUAAACAUGGGUUUAAUCAAG